AAAAAUAAAAGAAACAAAGCCAAAAUUCCAAAUUGUUAAAGCCGACAAAGUUGCAGUUCGAGCUCCAUUAUAGAAAUCUCCGUCAGUUACUAUCUGUGUAAUCAAAAGACCAAUGUAUGCAUCUAUCUUCUUGUAAGAUCAAAAUUGCUUUUGUAAGCUAUAAUUUGCUGGGCGUUUCAGUUGGUGAAGCUGGUCAUUGCGAUUCCACUCAUGGAACCUACUCUUGAUGUUGUUGAAACGUCUAUCAGGGAUAAUGGUGGUCCUCCUUGGCCUAAAGACGUAGUUAGAGAGAUUUUAUUAAGGUUUCCCUUGAAGUCAAUGUUGCGAUUCAAAUGCAUAAGCAAACACUAUUACAAAAUUAUCAAGAGCCCUAGCUUUAUUAGCGAGCGGUACAAUUGGAGAAAUAAGAAAAAGAUCCUCGAAUACCCGGUUUGUGAAGAUGUUGGAUGCCCCACAGGUACUCACACUUCAUAUGUCCUACAAUUUUAUCCUGGCUGGGAAUUCGAAAGCAGAUCAGGUCAUGGGCUAAAGAGGUAGCAUGACUCUUCAACAGGUUCAGAACAACAUACCAAGAGCAAGUAUCCUGGAAUUCUAAGUGAUGCAGUGAUUUACCAGAUCUGGACAAAGAGGAAACUCGGAGAUUCCAGGCUAGAAGCAUAUCUAAAGUUCAAAUUGUUAGAGACAUUGUCCUACAAUUAUAUAUUAGGGGAAGAAAUGUGUAGAUGGAUUAGACUCUUACAUAGUUUACAAUAGUACCCUAUCUACGCUUUCUAAAUUUAACGCUUUAAUAGCUUAGUACUACCUCCAUUUCAAAAUAAGUUGUAACGACCUUGGCACUUUUAAAUAUUUUGCUCUUUUUGACCCUU